AUGUCCCACGAACCCACCAGCGCGAGAGACGUCAUCGACGCGCUCGACGCAGUCGCCGGCCACGCCGCGCCGCUGCGGAUCCACUUUCCGUCGGCCGUUGUCACGCACCCCGGAACCGAGCUAAGCAAGGCCGCGUCCGCGCCGGCUCCGGCCUUUUCCGUCGCCGCCUCAGCCAUCGACGCCAUGGUCAGCAUGCCCAACUGCGACCUCUCCCCCACCACCAGCGCCGCCAGCGCCAGCUCGACAUCGUCGCUGCCCGUGCCCGCGCCCGUGCCCGUGCCCGCGACGCCCGUCGCAACCGCCGCGGCCGCAGUGUCCGCCACGGCGCCGGCCGCGCUGCCCUCGCCGCGCUUCAUCGUCACCAGCAUCGACCUCGACCCGCCGUUCCCGAGCUUCCCGUUCCUCGGGCCCGUCCUGCACGGCCUGCAGGCGGACUUGACGCUGGCUACGGCGGCGCUCGACCCGGACGACGAGUUCAUCCCGCUUGAGCCGGCGGUUCCUAACGACAGCAGCAGUGACAGCAGCGGCAGCGUCGUUGCGUGGGUGCAUCCCGCGCCGCCCGGACUCAGUGGGCCCCAUCGCUAUGUCUCGCUGCUGUGGGAGCAGCCGGCCGGCCUGACGCCCGACGGAAUCCGCGACGCGCUCGGCUUCGCGGGAGCGGCUGCUGCUCCGGAGGACGAGGCUGGCGAGAAUGCCCUCGGCCUCAUGCAGCGUGCCAGGUUCGACAUGGAGGGCCUGGAGAAGAAGCUGGGGCUGGGGCGCGUCGUGGCCGGGAACUACUUUACUUGUGCGGCUGCGUGA